UUAAGAAGCGAACGUUAACAAAAAAAGGAAAAGAAAAAGGUUGCGGUAGUCUCUCCCCGCGUUGCCUCUCUGUCUUCUCUUUCUCAACACCCCACUACCCUUCCAAAAGCAAAACCAAGCCUCUCUGUAUCUACAAAAAAGGAACACAGCGCAUCUCCUAUCUGCUGGCGACAGAGCGAGAGAGUUGGAGAAGUUAGAGGCUGAGAUAAACAAAAGGCACAUGUGCCUCCUCCUGGUUACUUUGUCCGUCUGGAGAAUACUAGUUCAGAAGAUAAUCUAUAUCCAAGCAAGAAAUCCAAGAUGCGUAGGUGGCUCUGCUGUACAUGUCAAGUAGAAGAGUCUUACCCCUCGAAUGAAAACGAGAACCUGAAGAGUCCAAGGAAUCAUGCAGAUGUUGAGCACCAAAAAGGCGCUAAGGUGGCAGCUCCUGUCAAAUCUGAAGUUCAUAAGCCAGAACUACCUAUUGAAGUGCCUUCUUUGCCUCUAGAUGAACUGAAAGAAAAGACUGAUAAUUUCGGAUCGAAGGCCUUGAUCGGUGAAGGAUCAUAUGGUAGAGUCUAUUUUGCAAAUUUAAGUAAUGGGAAAACUGUGGCAGUGAAAAAGCUUGAUGUUUCAUCUGAACCUGAGUCAAAUACUGAUUUUUUGGCACAGGUUUCUAUGGUUUCAAGAUUGAAGCAUGGAAAUCUUGUUGAGCUGCUUGGUUACUGUGUAGAGGGAAACCUCCGUGUGCUUGCGUAUGAAUUUGCAACCAUGGGAUCUUUACAUGACAUAUUGCAUGGUAGGAAGGGAGUUCAAGGGGCACAACCAGGUCCAACGCUUGACUGGAUGCAGCGUGUUAGAAUUGCAGUUGAUGCAGCUAGGGGAUUGGAAUAUUUACAUGAGAAGGUUCAACCCUCUGUAAUUCACAGAGAUAUCAGAUCUAGCAAUGUGCUUCUCUUUGAAGACUUUAAAGCCAAGAUUGCAGAUUUUAACCUUUCAAAUCAGGCUCCGGACAUGGCUGCUCGCCUCCAUUCUACUCGAGUUUUGGGAACCUUCGGUUAUCACGCUCCAGAGUAUGCUAUGACGGGACAGUUGACUCAGAAGAGUGAUGUCUACAGUUUUGGGGUUGUUCUUCUAGAGCUUCUUACUGGGAGGAAACCUGUUGAUCAUACCAUGCCUCGGGGACAACAGAGUCUUGUGACUUGGGCUACUCCAAGGUUGAGCGAAGACAAGGUCAAACAGUGUGUGGAUCCAAAACUGAAGGGAGAAUAUCCUCCUAAAGGAAUUGCUAAGCUGGCAGCUGUGGCAGCACUGUGCGUGCAGUAUGAAGCUGAGUUCCGGCCAAAUAUGAGCAUUGUUGUCAAGGCUCUGCAGCCACUUCUGAAACCUCCGGCCCCAGCUCCAGUGACUUGAGAAAAUAAACUUAGUUUUUUUUUUUUUGUUUUGCAAUUUCUGCUUGUGCAGUUUGGUUGAAUUUCUCUGCGGAUUUCAUCAAUUUUUUACAUAUCUUUUUUAAAUUUUAAUGAAUGAGAUUGAACGGGCAGGACUGGAUUGGCCUCAUAAUUCCCAUUGCUAACUUCUCUGUGUUGUUGGUACUGCAUUUGGUGCUAAGUCUGCGGGGUCAUAAAUUGACAAAGGGAUUGGGUUUCAUGGGUAUGUUCAUCUCUGGAUGUAUUUUUUGCCCGUUCGUGUUUGUCGUAUAAAAUGGGCUCUCCUUGUAUGUAUUGUCUUCUCCUGUUUAUUACACUGGUUGAGCUCAGGCUCGACUCAAAGUGGACAUAUUUGUAUUCAGUCUUGUUUCUUGCCGAAAUUCGUUUAUUUAGAGUAAUUAUUAGGCGUUUCUGGU